AUGGACUCUCUGGCUGGCGAUGGAUGUACAUUGUCUGCGCCGUUAUCACUCAUGGGCUAUUUCAUUCUUCCAGGGACUCCAAACAAGCCUAUCAAAUUCAUCUUAAAGGACCAAGACAUUGCGCUCGCCAAGUCCCGCUUGCAGCGCGCUUCACACAAGGUCGAAGAGUCACCACUUAAGUGGCAGACUGUUGUCAAAGUCGGGCGCAAUUGGAAAUUCUGGGCACUACUCUGGCUGGACAUUUUCUUCUGGAACGGUAGUGUCAACACCACGACCGGUGGCUACCAAUUAUGGCUCAAGAGUCUCAAUCGCUUCUCGACCCGCCGAUUGAAUGAACUCGCCGCUGCCUCUUUGGGUCUUGGAACUUUUUACACAUUCCUGGUGUGCUUUUCGUCUGAUCUUUUACUCGGUCCUGCAUGGGCAAUUACUGCUGCCCAUGUAUGGAAUAUUAUCGGUUGUACGAUCCUAGUCAUUUGGAACGUGCCUGAGUCAGCGCUUUGGUUCGCUUUUUUGACGACUUAUUCAGCUGUUGCCAUGUCUAGUGUUCUCUGUGGCUGGACCAAUAGUCAGUUACGUGCUUCCCCGACAGAGCGUGCUGUUACACUGGUCAUCGUCAAUAUGGUAUCCUAG